GAAUUUUCUACUUUGAACUUUACAAGGAAAAAUUGAACUAUAGUAUGAUUCAAACACAUGACCUCUCGGUUAUCUAUCUACAAUUUAUCCAUUAUACUACACUACAACUUUGACAUUUCUUUCAUUUUCAUAACCUAUAUACUCCAUUCAGUUCUCCAGGUGCAGUACCAGGGCCUUGUGCAGAGGUCACAGUGCCCAGGGCCUUGCGUAGAGGAUACGGUACUUACAAGCCCAGCAGUCAGGCCCGGGGUCUUACAGCCAGAAGAUGGAUUCAUUUGAAAAUAGCUACAGUCAGUAUUUCAGGAAGGAAGGUCUUGUC